AAUGGCGACCGCUCCCCCCGCAUUAUCGUCGCAUGAGCGAACUCGUGUGGAGGACUAUUUAAAUGAUAAAAUCCAGGUCUCUGGCGACUUUGAAAGCCUCGACUCGUUGCUGUCUAGCUUGCGGGCCCAACAUGAUCUCCAGCGGAAACAGCUAGCUGAAGCCCAGGAGGCCCUGUCAAACGCUACGAAAGCCUCGAACGAACACACCGAAGCGACCCGGAAGCGAGCCGAAGCCUUCAAGGCCCAACAAGCGGAUAUCGAUAGGCGCCUUAAAGCUAUUACGCGGUCGGAUGCCAGUGAUCAGGCAGCACAGCGCUUUGAGGAGAGCAUCCAAAAACUUCGGAAACUGGAGAUUUCGAAAGGCUAUGUGGCCCUGCUGCAGGAGGCGGAGAAAUUGAGCAAGGAUGCGCUGGGGAAUAUACGGUCUGAGCCACGGUUGGCUAUACCGCCGUAUAUUCGAUUGCAAGGCAUUGUCGGGUCGUUGAACGAGGCCCAGCCUGCGGCGGAGGGAGCCGCGCCUCAUCUGGUCAAUUAUGUUGGCAAGUUAGCGUCUGCGCUCCGAGAACAGAUGAAGACCGAUUUUACCAAGCGACUCCAAGGGACUUUGGAACAGAUGAAGUGGCCCUCGAAAGAAUUGCACUUCCCGGACGAUCUCCACGUUCAAUGGAAGGAAAAUGUCGAAUUGCUCCUUGAGCUCCAAAUACCGGAACUCAAAGCACGCGAUUUCUUUGCAAACAACAAGAGUGUUGAACCUCCGAUACUGUGGCCAUUGGAGGUGAUGGUACAUCCUCUGGAGCUGCGGUUUAAGUAUCAUUUCAGUGGAGACAAGCCAACGAAUAGAUUAGACAAGCCGGAGUUCUUUAUGGCUCAUGUCACGGACUUGAUCAACAACUUUGGCAGUUUCUUCGCUACAUAUCUCCAGCCUAUAUUUGAUGAGAAAGCACACGACACUGGUUCUGAAUUAGAAUGGAACUUCUACAAUGCAUCCCAUGCCUACAUCACGGCUCUGUUGCCCAUGUUGCAGCAGAAGAUGUCAGCCUUCCUCCCGCAGAUCUCUAACCACCCGCAGUUGCUCAGUCACUUCAUGCAUGAGGUUAUGAAUUUUGACGAGGAAAUCCGCGAGUCGUGGAACUACCUGCCCGAUCCUUAUACAGAAGACAACUGGAAGGGGAUGACGUGGUAUGUCCUGACUAAAGAAGGCUGGUUUGACCGCUGGCUCCAAGUCGAAAAGGAUUUUGCGUUGGCUCGUUACAAGGAGAUCGUCGAAGCCCCGGGGAGCGGGGAGAUCGACUAUGAAGGCGUUGAACUUACUUCGACCAAGCCGACUAAGGCAGCAAUUCGUGUGAAUGACCUCCUCGAGACGAUCACUGAGCGUUAUCAGCCCUUGUCAUCAUUCAGUCAGAAACUGCGAUUUCUCAUCGACAUCCAGAUUACGAUCUUUGACCAAUUCCACGACCGCCUGCAAUCGGCCCUGGAAGCUUAUCUCGCGAUGACCUCUACGAUCGGUCGCACCGUGCAGGGCGCGGACGGCCAAGCCAUAGAAGGUGUUGGGGGAUUGGAGCGGCUCUGCCGCGUUUUCGGUAGCGCAGAAUACCUGGAAAAGAAGAUGGAAGACUGGAGCAACGAGGUGUUUUUCGUUGAGCUUUGGUCGGAGCUGCAGGAGCGUGUCCGACAGAACAAAGACAACGGACAGAACGUGGCCGGUUCCAUGUCCGUCGCCGACGUUGCCUCGCGGACCUCGCAAGCGGUGAACGGCAACAACACUGCUCAAGGUGUAACCCCCGAGGGAGCUCUGUUCGACGAGACUGCCUCCGCGUAUCGCAGUCUCCGCCUCCGGUCCGAAACUAUCAUCACCUCGACGCUCACAUCCAAUGCUCGCGGGGCCCUCAAACAAUACUCGCGCGUUUCCACCUGGGCGACUAUCUCGGGCGCGGCAACGGGGCUUCUCCCACCCACUGCCGACCUCGCGCCAGCGCUGCACACACUCUCCGUCGAAGUAUCCUUCCUCUCCCGUGCGCUGGGUGUUGCCCCCCUGCGCCGGAUCACCCGCCAAGUGCUCUUAUCUAUCCAGACACACCUCUGGAGUAACAUUCUCAUGCGCAACACUUUCUCCGCCGCGGGGGCGGCCCAGCUCAUCAGCGAUGUGGACCACCUCUGCAAGACAAUUGAUACAUCUCUUGGAGCGGCAGGCCAACAGGGCGGCUCUGCCAAAACGCUCCGGAAAUUGAGCGAAGGUCUCCUCUUGCUCGGGCUGGACAGCACUACCCAGUCAACCGGCGACGCGUCCAACCCCGAAACGGACGGGGAUGACAGCGCACAGCGGGGUCUGUGGGAGGUGGAGAAGCGGCUCUUCAAAGACAAUGAAAGUGCGCGAGACGUACUGGCUGAGAUGGGCAUUGAAACUCUGAUGGAGGCAGAGGCCAGAAGUGUGCUCGAGAGGAGAGCCGAGAUUGGAAAUUAGACAUCUACUGACGUGCCAACGUGCAUCUCGUAUGUUUAUUUUACUUUUUAAUUGGCGAUCUCUAUAAUUCAUCCGUUUUGAAGCAUUUACUUGGGCUCUCCAUAUCACUAAUGGUUUAAUUGGGUUUUGCUUAGUUGUUGGUCUAUCUUAUACAUUUUUACCUCAUGCUAA